AUGGCAGAAAGCUUUGAUGAGAAUGGCUCUGUUUUACAAUGUGAAGAUAGCGAAUUUGCAAUAGAAUCAUCCUUAGAAGAAGACGACAGUGGCUCAGUGACUCUAGCGAGGUAAAUAUAUAUUCUGCAUUGAAUAUUUUCUAAUAAAACCGUUUCCAAAGGAGCUACUAAAUAGAACUGGACAAAAAUAUUUUCGACAUUUUAAAGGUUGUUCCUGCCGCAGUGAAUUGUUCAUGCAAGUCUCAAUGUAUGUGCAAGCUAAAGACAGCUGCAAGUGGCAAAGUUAUGGGUUGUGCAUGUAAACAUAAUGGUGUGCAGUGUGGAGAUAAAUGUUCUUGUGUUUCUAGGAGUAAACCGUGUAAAAAUCGGGUAUGUACUCUAUCACUAGCUAAUAUAACUACAAUAUACAAUGAAUUUCAAUUAUUGACUUGUGCGAUGUUGGUUAUGUAUUGUCUAUUGAUUAUUUAUAAUUCAUUGCUUUAGGCACAACCACAGGGUCAAGCAGGGGCAUCCACGGAAGCAGCACAACAUGAGCGAAGUGAAGGAAUUAAACAGAAUGAAGUAUCAGUUGAGGUAAUUUUCCUUUUCAUAAUGUAGAUUUUGCACGAGUAAACAACAUAAAAUUUUAACAUAUAUGUACACUUGUGUAAUGACUACAUUCUACAAUAUGACUAUUAAAUCUUUGGAUUGUUCUUUAGUUAGGGACUUGUCAGAAAUUACCAGGGGGGAGGGAGGGGUGCAGAAAGGGGGAGGGUCUUUUUUUUCAGGCCUUCAAAAGGGUGGGUCAUUAAAAACUGAACCAUUCAAAAGGGAGGGUCAUAAAAUUUUAAGCCAUAAUUUUCAUAAGGGAUGGUCAUAAAAUUUAAGCCCUCAUGAUUCUAGACCAGAUCACAUUGAUUAUUGUAUAAAUAGGACAAUAUCUAAAACAGUGUUUUAUAAACAUGAGUUUAUUCAUUAAAGAUAUUACUGUCGAUGCAAUGGAAGUGUUGAUAAAAUAUUGCACCAAUUCCUUUCCUCAAGUUGAUCAAUUCAUUUGAUAGAAUAUUGAUCAACUUCCUGUUACUUUUAGAUGAGCCAAUUAGAUUUCGUUUCAGAACCGAUUGACCGAUAGGAAACGCACAGGAAGUAAAAAGAAAUUUGAAUUCAUAUAUGAAUUGAUCAACUUGGGAAAUGAAUCCAUGCAAUAUUUUAUCAACACUUCCAUUGCAUCGACAGUAAAACAAAAUAUAAUGUAUGGUAUGUAUCAUAUGUAUGGAUUUUGCACAGCAGGAAAGGGGAGGGGUCAUGAAUUUUUUCACCACGGCCAAGGGAGAACCACGAUAUUUCAUGCUCAUCCUUGCUAGGGGGUCACAGUUUUCCAUCCCCCCCCCCCUCCCCCUGGUAAUUUCGGACAAGUCCCUUAUGUGAUAACUUAAACAUUUGUACACAAAGCAGGGCUGCAAAUAAAUAUUUGACUCGACAGGACAUUUGUCCAAUCACUUUUAAUUUUCAUCGGACAUAACUUGAAUUUGGUCGGACAUAUAUACGUUGCAUAUAUAGGUAUAUAUAUAGGUAUAUAUAAGUCAUAUAUUUUUCAUCGGACAUAUAUAGGUAUAUAUAAGUCACAAGACAAGUAUGUAUAGCCAUUCUGGCGCAACGUUAAGUAAAAUGCUAGAAUGCCUCGUAAGUUCUACUGCAAAAUGUAAAUUGAGUGAAUUUGCAAUCGGAUUUUGUCAAAGCAAAAAAAAUGCAAAAAAACAUUUUUUGAUCUGACCAAUGUCCGAUCAAAAUUACUUUUGCUCGGACAUUUGCCAAAUUUAGUCGGACAUUGUCCGAUGUCCGACAGUAAUUUGCAGCCCUGCAAAGUUAUUUAAAUAUUUUCCCAUUUUACUUCAAGAUUCAAUUAUUUAUGGUUUAACCCAGCAUUAACAAAAAUAUAGCUUUUGAAACAAAGAAAGUUACAUUUUAUGAAUUAUGUAUCUCAUACCAGAGUUUGAAUUUUUGCUCUUGUUAGGAAAUAAUUGAUGGUUUAGACCAGCAGACUCUCAUAAAAGUUGCAAAGGAGGGGUUUACAUCUAGACCACUAGUGUUGAGAGACUAA